AUGGCGAAUUUUGAUGCAAAAGGCAGUAUCCAUGAAGAGAUCAAAUCCCGUCUCCAAGAUCUCCGCUUCAUCAAUGACGAGAUACACUCAAACCCAGAGCUGGCGUACGAGGAGCACAAAGCCCACGACACGUUCGUCAAGCUCCUGACCAAGCUCGGCUUCACCGUCGUCCCGCACGCCUUCGGCCUCGAGACAUCCUUCUCGGCCGAGUUCGGCUCAGGAGGGAGGCUGGUCAUCUUCAACGCGGAAUAUGACGCCCUCCCGGGCAUCGGCCACGCCUGCGGGCACAACCUCAUCGCCUCAUCGAGCCUGGCCGCCUUCCUCGGAACAGCCGCAGCGCUGCGCGAGUCCAAGUCCCCCGGCCGCGUCCGGCUCCUCGGCACGCCGGCCGAGGAGGGCGGCGGCGGCAAGCUGAAGCUGAUCGCGGCGGGCGCCUACCGAGACUGUGCGGCGAGCCUGAUGGUCCACCCGGGCCCGGGGUCCCGCCUCCCGGCGCCGAUACGCGGCGUGGCGUACGUCCCGAUGCUGGCCAAUGUGAAGAAGAGGGUGCACUUCACCGGGAGGGAGUCGCAUGCCGCCAUCGCCCCGUGGGAGGGCGCCAAUGCCCUCGACGCCGUGUGUCUCUCGUACAACGCCAUCGCCAUGCUGCGCCAGCAGAUCCGGCCGUUUGAGCGCAUCCACGGCGUCUUCAGGCGGGCAGGAGACAGACCGAAUAUCAUCCCUGCGCACUGCACCGUGGAGUACUACGUACGCAGCGACACCAAGGUCCACGCCGAGACGCUGUGGCAGAGGGUGCUGAGGUGUUUUGAGGGCGCGGCUCUGGCCACGGACUGCAAGUACGAGGUUGAGACCCUCAACUCGUACGCCGACGUGAGGGCGAGCAAGAAGCUGUGUGAGGCGUAUGUAGAGGCUAUGCCCGAGGGAACGGUGCACCUGAAUGAGCCGAGCGACUUCCUUGCCGGCAGCACGGAUAUGGGCGAUGUCUGCUACGAGUGUCCGGGGUUCCACGGUAGCUUCGGGAUUGAGACUGGGCCGGGCGAGGGAAACCAUACGAAGCCCUUUGCUGCUGUGGCUGGAACGAGCGAAUCCUUCGACAGGGCUAUUGAAUGUGGAGAGGGCAUGGCUCUGGUGGGUUGGAGGAUGUUGAGUGAUGACCCGUUCGCGAAUGAAGUCCUCGAGCAAUGGAAAGAGGAUAUGAAGAACGCAGCGGAGGGAAAAUAA